GCAACGGCAAUCCAUCACCCCCCAGCUCUGUUGGCCGAUCCAGCGACGGCACCGGACUCUACGCGUCAAGCAUGACUGAUGCGAGCAUCAACAGCCGCAAGGCGCUUAUACUGGAGGAGACGCUGUCGCAGCACUUCGCAGUGUUGAAGGUGUAUCUGGGUCCAUACCUGCGGGAUGAGAAGGGAAACCUGCGGCCGAGCCGAGCAAAGGACAAGCUCACGCGACUAUCACAAGUCCAGUUCCAGGAGCUGAGCACCGAUGUCUACGACGAAUCGCUUCGACGAGAACAGGAGCGCAAGAAGGGCGGCCCCAAUGCGCCGGGAAACGAUACACCCAAGUUUUUGCUGCCGAAGAAUAAUUUCCACCCCAAGCGGAAUCAAGCCCGCCAGAAGCUCUCCACCCUACCCCUUGAGCGCUUCCGACAACUCGCUACCGACGUCUACUACGAAUUGGACCGACGAUUCCCCCGCUUUAGUGGAGGAGAUAUUGAGCGGAUCGGCAGUCCGGCUGGGAGUGUUGCCAGCAGAGGCAGCGGUCGUGGUCCACCGAGUCGCGGCGGCACACCCAACAGUAUGAACGGCGCACCACCCCCCGGAUUCCGUAGACCGCCACCACCCCAAGGCGGCAUGCCGUAUCGCAAUGGCCCGCCAGGUCCUCCUCCUCCAGGUGGUCUGCGGCCAGGCUCUCAGGCCAGCCAAGGCGGUGACUUUGGUCGGCCACUCCCCAAAACCUUCCAGAGCAACACGAUAGUCCCGAACAAGAGUACCAUGGUCGAAGACGAUGAUGAUGGCAGUGGUAUGGAUGACGAUGAUGACGAUCAGGAAGAUGCAUUCAACCUCGAAGGGGCGACGACCCGGCAGAGCAGGCGGCAAACCAACAAGAGCUUGAAGAGCGUGAAGAGCAUGAUUGGGCCUGGGCAAGAAAAGCUCUUGACGGACCUUCAAUCGCAGGUUUCACAGCUGCAGGGCAAAGUCGACACCCUUGAGGGUGAUCUAAAGACCAAAGAAGAAGAGGUUGAGAAGUUGACCUCUUCAGUGAGGGACCGGGAGAACGCUUCAUCAUCACAACAAGCUGAGUGGGAUGAAUUGCGGUCCUCCUUAGAAAGCAAAGUCAAUGACGCCGAGAACCUCAACUCCUCCCUCCGCUCCGAGAUCGACAAAUUGCGCAACGACAACUCCUCAAAGGAACGCGAAUUCGACGCGCAUAUCAAUGAGCUUCAGAUGGAGGUGCACAAUCUAGAAGACCAACUGCAAAACCAGAGCUCGAAUGGUCAAGGCGAAGAGUGGCGCCAUCGGUACGAGGAUCUCGAACGGGAGCUUACCAGCCAACAACAAGUCACGGAAGAAGUACGGCAACAGGCCUCGCAAUUUUUGCAAGAGAUGAAGGAGCUGUCGAGACGUAACGACCAGACACUAGAAAAGGAGGAACGCCUUCAAGGCCAAGUAUCUAGUCUCGAAAGCGAGCUCAGAGAUUGGAAGUCUCGCUAUGCGGUUGCUAAGACCAAGCUCCGGACUCUCCGCGCUUCGUCCGUCGGCUUGGGCAUGGCCAUGCACUCCCCAGAGUUAAAUGGCUUUUUGAAAGAUAGAAGCUUCGCCUCACCCGAUGGACUCGUGAAGGACAUUCAUGUCACCAAGUUCCAGCUCAGCAUCGACGAAUACCUGCAGGUGGCUAGGAGGGAGCAUCCGCAAGCUCUACUGGACUCGAUGAAGAAUGUGUUUGUUUGCGUCAAGAACAUCACUUCGGACAUUGGCGCCAGCAGUCCUGCAUCAUCGCCUGCAUCCAGGAAUGGGAGUGUCUACACCGAUAGCGGGAGUGCCAGUCCAGACAAGCAGCAGUCAAAAUUGAAGGCACAGGUUAGUGCAACGACGAAUAACCUCAUUACUGCCAGCAAGAAUCAUGCCUCGUCCGCCGGCAUGUCCCCAAUCAGUGUCGUAGAUGCUGCCGCAAGCCAUCUCAGCACAGCCGUGGUAGAACUCGUCAAAUUCGUCAAGAUCAGGCCUACGCCUCCAGAGGAGCUUCAGGAAGAGGAGGAAGCCGACAGGCCAAUGCCCCUCAACUCGCAUGGUGCUGGCGGCAGCCCCUACGGACUCGGAGUUUCUGGUCUGGGAUCUGGUCAUAUGAGACAUCGUAGCCGCGGCGGAAGCACAGACUCGGCUAGCUAUCGAACCAGUCUCAACUCGCCCCGCCACCCACAUAGCAGCUGGGCGAGCCGGAAGAGCCUGAGCGGUAUUAUCCCAGAGGUAGACAGUGGCAUGUCUGAUUUGAGGACCUAUCUCGACGACCAAACCGCUCUCCUAGUCCAGAGCAUUCAGCCACUCGUCCACGCCAUCCGCUCCCUUCCCCCUUCAGCCGUCAUCCCAGAGCAGGAUUCUCUUCAGUUGUCGAACUACAUUUCCGACAUCGGCCAAGCAGUGCAAGACACCGCGCUCAAGGUGCAGGAAUCAGUGGCGGCGCUCAAGGACCCGGCGCUCAAGAAGCAUGCACUCCCUGUGGUGGAGACGCUGCAGGACUGCAGGACUGGCAUCAUGAAUGUGGAUGUGCGGACAGAGGGCAGGAAGGAGGUCCCGCCCCUAGCGUUCCGCACUGCCAAGGCUAUGAAGGAACUCAUGCUCCGCGUCGAGCGCAUCGAGAAUGGCGACUUGAAAGUCGAGAUGCCCGUCGUCACCGACUACUGAUCCUUUCCUCCUCUGAAUGUUUCUUCGCUUCCCAUCAGCAUACGCCUGAUUAAAUACGCUUUCCUCUUCCCGCUACAACGUGAGGCCAUGGACCUCAUAUCCCUUUCUUCAGGGCGGAGGGCGGGCUAUCCUCCCUUCUUUCCCCUAAACUUUCUCUUUUCUAGUUGCUCACGGAACACGGACACGACCUCCUCAUGCUCUCUCUCUCCGUCGGCGGUUCUGGUUUUUUUGCAACAUUGCGAUGGAGCUAAGGGUCGAAUUUCUUUUCAUUGGGUGCGAGUGGGGCUUUUUUUGAAAAAGCACUGAUGACGUUGGAAUGGCUGAGGCUUGUGUUUAAUUUCUGAACCUAGGAGGG